UUAGUACACAGACUGCAGAUCGUAAACGUCAAGUUUUGCCUACUAAUGUUAGACCAACUCAUUACGACUUGACUUUGACUCCGGACCUUCAAUCCUUCACCUUUAAAGGAACUGAGACUGUCAACCAAAAUGCUGUAGAAAUUUCUCAUGAUACUCAUAAGCAGACUGUCACUCUAACUUUUCCUGAGAAACUCCAUGCUGGUGCUAAAGCUGCUUUGCAUCUUGAAUUUACUGGGAUAUUAAACGAUAAAAUGAAUGGUUUUUAUCGAAGUUCUUAUAAAGACACUACGACUCAAUUUGAAGCAACUGAUGCACGCCGUGCUUUUCCUUCAUGGGAUGAGCCUGCAAUUAAAGCAACAUUCGACAUCACUUUGAUUGUUCCAUCUGAAUUGACUGCUUUGAGUAAUAUGAACGUGGUCUCCGAGACUCCGCAUGAGGUUGGUGAUUUGGCUUAUGUUGAGGCUUCUACUACCGGCAUUCAUAAUGGUGGAAAACCUGUUUUGGUUCGUUCUUACGCGACAAGAGGCAGCGAACAUCUCGGUCAAUUUGCUUUGGAUGUUGCUGUGGAGGUUCUGGAAUACUUUGCUGAAGUUUUUGGCAUUCCAUAUCCACUGCCAAAGUGUGAUAUGGUUGCUAUUCCGGACUUUGAGGCUGGUGCUAUGGAAAAUUGGGGUCUUAUUACUUAUAGAACUUCUGCUAUAUUAUUUGAUCCUAAAGCAUCCGAUGCCAAAUUCAAACAACGUAUUGCAUACACUGUUUCUCAUGAGUUAGCCCAUCAGAUUUUUGAUGCUAUAAGUUACUACAAAGGUGCAUCUGUCAUCCGCAUGUUGAGUAGUUACAUAGGAGUAGAUGUUUUCUUAUCCGGAGUUAGACGAUAUUUGAAACGUUACGAGUAUAGUAAUGCUAGCACUGAUGAUUUAUGGAAAGCUUUAACCGAAGAAAGUGGAACCGAUGUCGGCCAAUUCAUGACCGGGUGGACCAGGGUUGUUGAUGAAUUGGAAUCUAAAGUCCUUACUACAAAAGAAACUGAGUUGAGCUUGCCACACGGUGCUGAUUUUUAUAAAUUUAAUUCUCGUGUAACUGGUAUUUUCCGUGUAAGUUAUACACCUGAACGAUUGGCAAAAUUGGGUCAUGCUGUCAAGCAAGGUUUACUUGAUACUAGUGACCGUGUCGGAUUAGUUGCUGAUGCUGGUGCUUUGGCGACAAGCGGUUAUGCAAAAACGAGCGGUUUGCUAAAUCUUAUUAAUGAAUUCGAUAAAGAAGAUAAAUAUAUCGUGUGGUUUGAACAACCUGAGCCUGUAUACCAAGGACUUCUAGCCUUUCAACGUCAUUUAGUUUCAAAAUUAGUACCUAAAUUAGGUUGGGAAUAUCCCGAAAAAGAGGACUAUUUAAUCACUAUGUUGAGAACUUUAGUAAUUAAAGUUGCUGGAAGAUCUAAAGAUCCUGAGGUUGUUAAGGAAGCAUUCCGUAGAUUUGAGUUGUUUACAAAAAAAAAUGACAAAUCUGCCUUACAUCCUAAUAUUCGUGGAUCCGUCUACGAAAUUGUUCUUGGUAAUGGUGGUGGUGCAAAUGAAUUUGAUGCAAUUUUGAAAAUCUAUCGCGAAGCCGAUACUGUAGAUCAAAAACUUGUCGCUUUAACUGGUCUUGGAUUCGCUCAACAUGAAGAUUUGAUUAAACGUGCUUUAAACUUUUCCCUAUCAGAGGAAGUUAAGAACCAGGACAUUAUUUAUGCAUUCUCUGGCUUAUACGCAGCUAUAAUUAAAUAUGGUACCGAUGCUUUUUCAACUGACGCUGAUCUCAAAGAUGUUGAAAACUUCUUUUCUAACAAGAAUACUAAAGACUAUCUAAGACCUUUACAACAAAGUCUAGAAAGCAUUCGUGUCAAUACUGCUUGGUUAACACGUGAUAAAGAGGAUGUUGAAAAUUGGUUGAGAACUAAUGGAUAUUUGCAAUGA